AUGUGUGACGUCUAUUCGGAUGCUCUCUCCAAAGGCCUCCUCUUCUUCGAGGCUCAACGGAGUGGUAAGCUACCGGCAGAUAACAGGAUCCCCUGGCGUGGUGACUCCUGCCUGUCUGACGGCUCGGAUGUGGGCCUCGAUCUGUCAAGAGCCUACUUUGAUUCGGGCGACCACGUGGUCUUUGGCCUACCACUGUCUUUCACGUUAAGCAUGAUGGCCUUUGGCUUGGUCGAGUAUGGGGACCUUUAUGGGACCGAGCAGGACCGGGCAGUUGCGGCCCUCAAGUGGGGCACCGAUUGGCUCUUGAGAGCACACCAUUCCGAGAACGAGCUCUACGUUCAGGUUGGGGACGGGGAAAAGGAUCACGCGUGCUGGACGAGACCCGAGGACCUCGACAUGGAGAGGUCUACCGAGCUUCAAGCAGCAUUUUACAAAUCGUACUCGGGGUAUGGUGAUGAGUUGCUGUGGGCUGCUGCGUGGCUUCACAGGGCCACGUCGGACCCAACCUACAUUGCCUACAUGACUGGGCCCAAUUCGAACGAUGGCCCCUUGAAUUGGAAGGGAACGGCGUCCGAGAUCUCUUGGGACGACAAGAGGGCAGCCGCGCAGCUCUUAGCGGCUCGGCUCGUCCUCCUCGGUCAGCAGCCUUCAGGGACGGCUCUAGAUCAUUACAAGAAGGCCCUCGACGGCUUUGUGUGCUCGUACGUGACAGGGAAUACACCAGAGACUGCUGCGGGGCUGCCAUGGAUCCGAGAGUGGCUGCCUUUGCAAUAUGUGACCACGAGCGCCUUUGUGAUAGCGGUUUACGGUGACCUUUUGCGGCAAGCAAAUGCAUCGCUCACAUGUUCGGGCAGCACGUACACGAGCGACAUGCUGCUUGCGUAUAGCAAGAAGCAGGCGGACUACAUCCUUGGCGCGAAUCCGCGGGGCAUCUCAUAUAUGGUCGGCUUGGGGGAGUCGUUUCCUCAGAGGGUGCAUCAUCGUGCAGCAUCGAUACCAAAGGACGGGGUUCAUUACAAAUGUGGCGAAGGCUUCAAGUUCUUCCAGACUUCGGAUCCCAACCCAAACGUGCUGGAGGGCGCAAUCGUGGGCGGCCCCGACCAGGCCGACAACUUUCAAGACGCGAGGACAAACUUUAAGCAGUCUGAGGCUAGCACAUACACUAAUGCUCCAUUCUUGGGGCUUGUGGCCCGUCUGAGCAGCUCGAGAGCUCUGCCUUUGGCAACUCCAGUGCCUACUUCAGCGGGGCAACCGGCCCCGGCAGCUACUCCAGCUGCCACAACCCCUGAUGUGGCACCGGGACCUGUCGCUUGUGAUUGUGACUGUGAGGGAUUUUAG